AUGUUCGUCUGUCGACUUUUCUCUUCUCUUCAAAUUUGCGCCUACCUAUCUAUCUAUCUAUCUAUCUAUCUAUCUAUCUAUCUAACAAAUCUCUCUCACGCACUCUCUCUCACUCACUCUCUCUCUUUCUCUCUCUUUAUAAUUAUAUUACCUUCUCUCUCUCUCUCUCUUUAUUCUUAUAUUACCCUCUCUCACUCACUCACUCACUCUCACUCACUCUCUCUCUUUAUUCUUAUAUUACCCUCUCUCUCACUCACUCUCUCUGUCUAUCGAUCUCAGUCUGUUUAUAUCUAUGUCACAGCGUGUGCGUAUCUAUCUAUCUAUCUAUCUAUCUAUCUAUCUAUCUAUCUAUCUAUCUAUCUCAGUCUAUUCGAAUCUAUCUAUCUAUAUAUCAGUCAGUUUGUCACAGAGUAUCUAUCUAUCUAUCUAUCUAUCUAUCUAUCUAUCUAUCUAUCUAUCUAUCUAUCUAUCUUGUGUGCGCAUCUAUCUAUCUAUCUAUCUAUCUAUCUAUCUAUCUAUCUAUCUAUCUAUCUAUCUAUCUAUCUCAGUAUAUUCGAAUCUAUCUAUAUAUCUACCAGUCAGUUUGUCAGAGAGCAUCUAUCUAUCUAUCUAUCUAUUUAUCUAUCUAUCUAUCUAUCUAUCUAUCUCAGUAUAUUCGAAUCUAUCUAUAUAUCUAUCAGUCAGUUUGUCAGAGAGUAUCUAUCUAUCUAUCUAUCUAUCUAUCUAUCUAUCUAUCUAAAUUAUGACCAUGCUUCCUUUUCUCUAUAUUGGAUGGAUCUAUCUAUCUAUCUAUCUAUCUAUCUAUCUAUCUAUCUAUUUAUGGUUCUACCUUUCAGUAUUUCAUAUCAUUAUCUAUUACCACUUCUUUCUUGCUUUCUUGCUUUCUUUCUUUCUUUCUUUUUUUCCUUUUAUUUCUUUCGUUUGAUUUCUUUUCUUUCUUUCUUGUUUGCUUUCUUUCUGUCUUUUCUCACUUUUAUUUUUUUCUUUCUUUCCUUUGUGUUCUUUGUUUUCUUUCUUUCCUUUCUUUUUUUUUUCUUCGUGUCUUUCUUUCCUGGUCUUUCUUUCUUUCUUUCUUUUAUUCUUUCUUUCUUUCUUUUAUUUUUGUACUUUUUCUCUUCCCCUUUUUUAAUUAAAAAAAAUCCUUUAAUUAAAUACACAUUUUUCUUGUAUUUGUCAUAUUCUAUUCUUAACAUUUUUCUUUUGAUUUGUUUUCCAACGUUCUCUUCUUUUUUGAAACGUUUUUUUCUUUGUUUUUAUCUUCUUUUUUCUUGUCGUCUUUUAUCGUCCUUCUCUAUAUUUCUUUUCUACGCAUUGUUUUUGUAUUUAUCGCCCAUUUAUCAUUUCUCUCUCUCUCUCUCUUACACACACUGUUAUUUCUCUCCCUAUUUCUCCCACACACACUGUCCCCUCUCUCUCAAUCCCUUUCUUUCUCUAUUUCACUCUCUCACACCAAAGUGUUCUCUAUCUCACAUUCUCUCUCUUUCUUUCUCUAUCACGUUAUUACACAUACACUGUUCUCUCUCUAUGCCUCUCUUACACACAGUGCUCUCUCUUCUCUCUUCUAGCUCCCUCUCUUUCUGUCUCUAUCACUCUUUUUCUCUGCACCACUCUCUCAUACGCACAUUGUUCUCCCUCUCCCUAUCUCUCGCUUAUUAUCUCUGUCUCUCAAAAACACAUUCACUGUUAUCUCCCUUCCCACUCUCUCAUUGUCUUGAUAUCACUCUCUUACACACACAUUUUCUCUUUCUCUCUCUUUCUCUCCCCUCUUUCUCUUUCCUUCUUUCUCUCUCUGUAUCUAUCUAUUUCAAAGUGCUACUUGAAUGCAUUCAUUUAUCUCCCUCUCUCUCAUUUUUUCUUUCUCUUUUUUCUCUAUUUUUAUUCGCUCUGCUUUUCUUCUUUCUUUCCUCAUUUUUCUUUUUCUCUUCACUAUUUUCCAUUCAGUCUCCCUCCUCUCUUCUGGCUCCUUUCUUUCAACUCUGGUUUUCCUACAACAUCUGUUUUCGAUCUAUUUUCUUUCUGUCUUAUCUCUCUCUCUCUCUCUUUCUCUCUCUCUCAUUUAUCAUUCUUCUCUUUCUUUCAUAUACUCUUCUCUUUCUAGCUCCCUUCCCUUUCCCGCUUCUCUUUAUCUCUUUUAACACUCUCUAUUUCCAUUCCCUUUCACUUCCCUCUGAUUCUUUUUUUCUUCCACCAUUUUUCUCUCUAUCUCAUUUUCAGCAUUUCUCUUUCGUAUCUCGCUAUUCGUAUUCCAUUCUUUAUUUUCUUCACUGUAGUUCUUCUCACUUCCAUUUCCCUUCUCUAUGUUCCUUUUCUUUCCUUCUUUCUUUCUUUCUUUCCUUCUUUCUUUCCUUCUUUCCUUCUUUCUUUCCUUCUUUCUUUCCUUCUUUCCUUCUUUCUUUCUUCGUCCUCUUUUUCUCUUUCCUCUCUUUCAGUUUCUUCUUUAAUUCUCUGUAUCUCCUUUUAUUGCCUUUCUUUCUUUUUUAUUUCUUCUCUCUUUUUUCAGCCCCCACUCUGUUCUCUUUGUCUUUCCCUCUCUCCCCCUCUCUGAUUUGUACUCACAUUCCUUCGCAUACAUUAUUAACGACAGACUUAUUCACACAUUAUUUUCCUUAUCCCACUAACACCUAUUCACUUCUCUUUUUUGUCUCUUCUUUCUUUCUUUCUUUCUUUCUUUCUUUCUUUCUUUCUUUCUUGCUUUCUAUUUUCUCUCUGUCUUCCUAUCUUUCUUUCUUUCUAUCUUUCUUUCUUUCUUUGUGUCACUGA